AUGCCUUCCACCUCUUUCACUGUCUCUUCGGCCCUGUGCCUUCUCCUCGCCGUUGGCCCCGCCGCCGUUCUCUCUGCACCCCAGCUGAACGGUCUUCCCAUUCUUGGUGGUGACCACGAUGCCGACACUACUCCCGCAAAUGGCAACAGCGAGCACGAUGCCGGAGCCGGCUUCGACGUCGCCAUCCCCGGUGGCCCUGGAGUCAAGUUCGGCGCCGGAACUCACAGCGAGCACCAUGGCCCCUGCGGCCCUGGCAUCAACAGCGAGCAUGACGCUGGUGCUGGCUACGACGUCAGUAUUCCCGGGGGUCCUGGCGUCCGCUUCGGUGCCGGCACCCACGACCAGCACGAAGCCGUGCCUUGCCCUGAGAUCGUUGAGGAGGUUCCUCCCCCGGCUAUCACUGAGGUCCACACGGAGACCUAUGUGCCCUCGUACAUCCCUCCCACUUACACCACCCCCAUCGUAAUUCCCACCAUCACCACGCCGGCCGCUUAUGCUCCCCCGACCCCGGUCCCUGUCACCUCGACUCCUCUGAUCCCGCACCCCGCGCCUUCGGUUACCCCCUCGCAGCCUGUGUACAACGCCGGUUCUACCAUGGCCCCGAGCUCUUCGCUCAUGGCCCUUGCUCUUCCUAUCAUUCUGGGUUUCUUCGCCUAA